AUGGCAACCACAGGCAUGCAACUGCUAGGACUAGUCCUGGCCAUUAUCGGCUGGGUAGGCGGAUUCCUGGUGUGUGCCCUGCCCAUGUGGCGUGUCACCGCCUUCAUCGGGAACAACAUAGUAACAGCCCAGAUCACAUGGGAAGGCCUGUGGAUGAACUGUGUGGUGCAGACUACAGGAGAGAUCCAGUGUAAGGUGUAUGACAGCUUGCUGGCGUUACCCAGUGAUAUGCAGGCCGCACGCGGCCUCACUGUCCUCGCGGCUCUUCUGUGCAGCCUGGCGCUCACCCUGGGCGUGCUGGGCGUUAAAUGCACCAAAUGCGUCGGGCACCAGAGCCUCGAGGCCCGUCUUGCCCGCAUAUCCGGCGUCCUCUUCGUCAUCGCAGGGUUCCUCAUCCUCGUACCUGUCUGCUGGACUGCCCAUUCCAUCAUUAGGGAUUUCUAUGACCCAUACGUGGCUGCCCCACACAAGCGUGAACUGGGUCCUGCCCUCUACUUGGGAUGGUUGGCUUCGGCUCUGCUGCUGAUUGGAGGGUCACUGCUUUAUGCUGGGUCAAGUCCACCUGGCAUCCCCUCUUCACCCACCUACAGCAGUGGAGAAAGUAGCCCCCGUAGAGCAGGGGGACCUUCACAGGUCAAAGGCUAUGUUUAG